UCCGUUGUCAAAGGUUCAUUGCGUCAACUACUUACCAUUUUGUAUUCUUCUCCGUAAUCGCAAUGAGGGUGAGAAGCUCGGUUCCGCUCCGCUCAGUCCUUUGCCUUGCCCUCCUCCUCACCGGUUCCUCGAAUGCAUCCUCUAACUUCAGUUAUUUCGGCUCUUACGAGCUCAGCCCUUACCGGACGGCGGAGAGACUCAUCAGAAAUCUCAACCUCGUUCCGCAGAACCAGGAAAUCAGUGGAGAAGAGGACUUCGACGAUGAUCCUUCGCAACGCCGCCUCGUGGAGCGGAAAUUGAACCUGGAUAUACUCGGAGAUGCCGGGGCGACGGUUCCUGUAGAGCAGCUAGGGCAUCACGCCGGGUACUACCGUCUGAAACGCACCCAUGCUGCCAAGAUGUUCUAUUUUUUCUUUGAAUCCCGAGGCAAGAGCAGUGACCCUGUCGUUGUCUGGCUGACUGGAGGUCCUGGAUGCAGCAGUGAAUUAGCCCUUUUUUAUGAAAAUGGUCCUUUCAAGAUUGCUGAUAACAUGUCUCUUAUCUGGUCUGAUUAUGGAUGGGACAAGGCAUCAAAUCUUAUAUAUGUUGACCAACCCACCGGUACUGGGUUUAGCUAUAGCACGGAUGUGCGGGAUAUUCGCUUUGGUGAGAAGGGUAUAAGUGAUGAUUUAUAUGAUUUUUUACAGGCUUUCUUUCAAGAGCAUUCGGGCUAUUUGAAGAAUGAGCUAUAUAUUACUGGAGAGUCUUAUGCUGGACACUAUGUUCCUGCUGUUACUGAGAGGGUUCAUAGAGGGAACAAAGAAAAACAUGGUCUCCACUUAAAUUUAAAGGGUUUUGCUAUCGGUAAUGGGCUAACAAAUCCUGGAAUACAGUACAGCGCAUAUGCUGAUUAUGCAUACAGCACGGGUAUAAUAGGGGAAAAAGAAUAUAAAGCAAUUUCUAAAAUAUAUCCUGUUUGUGAGCUUUCAGUCAAGCUUUGUGGUGCCCAUGGGAUCAUUACAUGCAUUGCUUCCUUGAUGGUUUGCAACUCUAUCUUCACUUCAAUUUUGCUUCUAGCAGGAGAUAUCAACUAUUAUGAUAUCCGAAAGAAAUGUGAAGGAAGUCUUUGUUAUGAUUUUUCCAACAUGGAAAAGUUUUUAAACCAGAAAUCUGUCAGGCAUGCACUUGGUGUUGGUGACCGGAAAUUUGUUUCCUGUAAUCCUCUUGUUCAUGGGGCCUUGCUCGCUGAUUUGAUGAAGAAUUUAGAAGAGGUAAUUCCUACUUUGAUUGACGAAGGUAUCGAGCUGCUGGUUUAUGCUGGUGAAUAUGACCUCAUAUGCAACUGGCUUGGGAAUUAUAGAUGGGUUGGUUCAAUGAAGUGGUCUGGUAAUCAGAACUUCUCUGUAGCCCCCUUUGUACCAUUUACUGUUGACCAACAUGAAGCAGGGUUGCUGAAGUCAUCUGGACCUCUAACUUUCCUCAAGAUUCUGAAUGCUGGACACAUGGUUCCAAUGGACCAGCCCAAGGCAGCCCUGGAGAUGUUGAGGAGGUGGACCACAGGGAAGCUUGUGGAGGAACAGAGCUCUCCUGGUCUUGAUGAGGCCUACUAAUAGAUGAUCUCUAAGCUUGCAGUCUCCAGUUAGUAUUUCUCUACUUAUGCAAAAGAAUCAGUUCAUGUAGAUGAAGAUAUGAAAUUUACAUGCUGAGCAUGGCCUGCAAGUUAUUGCCUAAUAUGAACAUCUGAUAUUCUCCUUCUGUAUGUAUAUAGCUUGAGCUUCAAAGUUGUCAAAAUUUAUUUAUUGGUGUUGAGAAUGCUUUAUGAUGAUAUAAUAUACACAGAAAUUUCGUGUAAUAUAUAUUGACUUCAGAAUUGAUGCAUAUAUUGUAAGUGCUUAUGCUUACUAAAUGAUAAAGUUGUGUUCAAAAAUGA